AUGGCUUCUCAAAAUUCCAUUUUUCUUCUCGUUAUCUUAUGCACCCACAUGUUGAUGAUCCUCACACAUUCUCAAAAUCCCCCAAACGAAAUCCCAUUCACAUGCAUUCCACAAUCAACACCAUGCAAAUCCAUACUUUAUCAACACAAUCAACUCACAGAAAGCAACAUCUCUUCGUUAUAUUCAGUGGACAUUUCACAAAUUCAAAACAUCACCCAUGGAGACCAACAACACCACCUUGUAACAGUUCCAUGUUCUUGCAAAAACAUAAACAAUACGGUUGCAUACUUUUAUGAUACGGUUUAUUCGGUGAAACUAGGCGAGAUAUUAUCAGAUGUUUCUGAUGAAUUUUACAGUGGGCAAGCUUGGGAUCAAGGGACAAAAUUUAAAGCUAACACAAAUGCCACUAUGCAUAUAUUGUGUGGGUGUACAGAAACCGAUUCUCAAAUUAUGGUCACGUAUACGGUUGAGGAAAAGGAUACACUUUCUGAUAUUGCUAACUUGUUAUCUGCUGAAGUGGAUGAGAUUGAAAAUGUGAAUAAAGUUUUGCUUCAGAAACCAGGGUUUAUAAAAGUCGGUUGGGUGUUGUUUGUUCCGAUGUACAAGAAUGGAGUUCCACCACCACCACCACCGCCACCAUCACCACCAUCACCACCACCAUCAUCAUCAUCAUCGAAGAAAAGGAAGGAUUUCAAGUGGGCGAUUGUAUUUGGUGUACUGUUGACAGUUAUUGGGAUUUUAUUGUGUUUGUCGAUUUUAAUGUUUAUGAAGAGGAGAAAGAAUCAAGAAAAUGAUAAGGAAAACCCGAAGGCUGUUUCAAAAACCAUGAGUUUUCAUAAAUCAAUGACUUCAGGGCAAAUUCGGUAUUUGAGUAAAGAAAAUAUGGAAGGUAUCACGGGUUUUGAUACAGAAAGACCGUUGGUUUAUGAUCUUGAUGAGAUUGCUGAGGCUACAAAUAAUUUUGAUGAUUCUAGGAAGAUUGGGGAGGGUGGAUAUGGGAGUGUAUAUUUCGGUAUAUUAGGAGGAAAGGAAGUAGCGGUUAAGAAAAUGAGAUCGAAUAAGUCGAAAGAGUUUCUUGCAGAACUUAAAGUGUUGUGUAAGAUUCAUCAUAUCAAUGUGGUGGAGCUAUUGGGAUUUGCUAGUGGAGAUGACCAUUUGUACUUGGUAUAUGAGUUUGUUUCAAAUGGGUCGUUAAGCGAGCAUCUUCAUGACCCUUUACUCAAAGAUCACCAGCCAUUGUCUUGGACUGCAAGAGCACAGAUUGCAUUGGAUGCUGCAAAGGGUAUUGAGUAUAUUCAUGAUCAUACAAAGGAAAGAUAUGUACACCGUGAUAUAAAGACAACUAACAUCCUACUUGAUAACGGAUUACGAGCAAAGGUUGCAGAUUUUGGUUUGGCAAAACUUGUUGGACGAACAAAUGAUGAUGACUUUAUAGCCACUCGCCUUGUUGGAACCCCGGGAUAUCUUCCUCCAGAGUCUGUGAAAGAAUUGCAUGUAACAACAAAAACCGAUGUUUUUGCAUUUGGAGUGGUUUUAGCAGAGCUUAUAACGGGAAAGCGUGCACUUAUGCGUGACAACCGAGAGCCCAAUAAGAUGAAAUCACUCAUAACAGUUAUAACUAAAGUAUUUGAAGAAGAAGAAGAUCCAGAAGGUGCACUGGUAUCCAUUAGAGAUGGUAGCCUUAGGGACAGUUACCCCAUGGAUGAUUUAUAUAAGAUGGCUGAAGUUUCGUAUUGGUGUCUAAGUGAAGAUCCGAUGAACAGACCAGAGGUACGAGAGGUAGUGGAAUCAUUAGCUCGAAUAGUUAUGUCCUCAGUUGAAUGGGAAGCAUCAUUGGGAGGAAGUAGCCAGGUUUUUAGUGGUGUAUUUGAUGGCCGAUGA